AUGCACACCGUCUUUCGAAUCGGUGAAGCUCAAAAAAUUGAUAAGAAAAGUCCACUUUAUGAAGUGGAACUUAAACUUACGUCGGAUGAUGACCAGCAACUUCAUCAACUAACCAAUCGUAUACGAGAAGAAUCUUCAGGUGGCACUGGAUGGUAUCGAAUGGGCAAAUUGCUGCUCACAAUUGGUCAAUUUGACAAGGCCGAAGAAUUAUAUACGGCACUACUAGAACAAGCAUCUGAUGACAGCGAUAGAGCACAUAUCUAUCAUAUGCUUGGAAUGAUGAAAAAUGGCAAAGGGCAAUAUACAGAAGCAGCUUCAUUUUAUAAAAUGUCUCUCGAAAUUUAUCGAAGAACUCUUUCAGAAUAUCAUCCUUCAUUGGCUCCUACCUACAACAACAUCGGUCAAGUGUAUAACAACAUGGGUGACUACUCGAAAGCACUUGAAUUUUAUGAAAAAGCACAUAAAAUCUUCGAAAAAGCUCUGCCUCCGAAUCAUCCCGAAAUGGCUAUUUCCUACAACAACAUUGCUCUAGUGUAUCACUACAUGGGUGACUACUCGAAAGCACUUGAAUUUUAUGAAAAAGCACAUAAAAUCUUCGAAAAAGCUCUGUCUCCGAAUCAUCCCAAUUUGGCUACUUCCUACAACAACAUCGGUCAAGUGUAUAACAGCAUGGGUGACUACUCGAAAACACUUGAAUUUUACGAAAAAUCACUUAAAAUAAGAGAAAAAGCUCUGUCUCCGAAUCAUCCCGAUCUGGCUACUUCCUACAACAACAUCGGUCAAGUGUAUAACAACAUGGGUGACUACUCGAAAGCACUUAAAUUUUACGAAAAAGAUCUCGAAAUCACGAAAAAAGCUCUGCCUCCGAAUCAUCCUCAUUUGGCUACUUCCUAUACUUGCAUCGGUCAAGUGUAUAACAACAUGGGUGACUACUCGAAAGCACUUGAAUUUUACGAAAAAUCGCUUAAAAUAAGAGAAAAAGCUCUGCCUUCGAAUCAUCCCUCAUUGGCUACUUCUUACAACAACAUCGGUGGAGUGUAUAACGACAUGGGUGAUUACUCGAAAGCACUUGAAUUUUACGAAAAAUCACUUAAAAUAAGAGAAAAAGCUCUGCCUCCGAAUCAUCCCGAUUUGGCUAGUUCCUAUACUUGCAUUGGUCAAGUGUAUAACAACAUGGGUGACUACUCGAAAGCGCUUGAAUUUUACGAAAAAUCACUUAAAAUAAGAGAAAAAGCUCUGCCUCCGAAUCAUCUUCAUUUGGCUACUUCCUACACUUGCAUCGGUCAAGUGUAUAAGAACAUGGGUGAUUACUCGAAAGCACUUGAAUUUUACGAAAAAUCACAUCAAAUCUUCGAAAAUGUUCUACCGCAAAAUCACCCUCAUUUGGCUAUUAGUUACUUGAAUUUUGCAGCAUAUUACGAAAGAAUGGGUGAUUACGCCGCAGCUCUUAAGGCUCUUCGAAGUGCUUUUCAAAUUCAACAACAAGCAUUUCAAGAAGGUAAUCCAGCUUUUGCUUCAACAUAUAGUAGGUUAGGAAGAGUUUAUCGCAGUAUGAAAGAUUAUUCAAAAGCACUUGAUAAUUUCGAAAAAUGUCUCGCAAUACAUCGGAAAGCCUUACCUGACAAUCAUCCAGAUCGAGCUAUUACAUAUAGUAAUAUAGGUGAUAUUCAUCGAUUAAUGGGUAAUUAUGAAAAGGCACUUGCAUUUCAUCGAAAAGCAUUAAAUAUUCAAGAAAAUGUUCAAUGUAAUCCUCUGGAAUGUGCAACGACAUAUAUAAAUUUAGGUGAAACUUAUCGUAAAAUGAAAGAUUAUUCAACGGCAUUGACAUAUUUCGGAAAAGGAUUAGAAAUACGUGAGAAGAAAUUAUCAAAAAAUCAUCCUGAUUUAGCUGUUGUAUAUCAUAAUAUGGCAAAAUUAUAUUUGGCUACACGAAAAUAUAGUAUGGCAAUGAAAAAUAUUCAACAAGCCGUUGAAAUAGCUCAAGAAAAAUUACCUUCAACCCAUCCUCAUCUUUUGGAAUAUAAAGAAACAUUUGAAAAAAUUCGAAUGAAAAUGUAA